AUGUUACAUGGCCAACACAGAAAGUAUGAGGGAGAUAGGGCAAUACUUCGGAAUUGGGAAAUCGACCGUACACAUCACAUUGGAGCGUGUUACUGAGGCUGUCAUCGACCAUUUUUUAAAGGUGAUCAAAUGGCCUGAUUUUCCCACUCAGCUCCAAAUUGCCCAGGACAUCCAUCUACGGUAUGGUCUACCAGAUAUUGUAGGGUAUCUUGAUGGUACACAUAUAAGAUUAUCUGGCUGCCCCAAAGGAGACAAAGAUUACAUAAACAGGAAAUCCUACCCCUCAAUACAACUGCAGGUUGUGGUGGAUCAGGAUCUGUUAAUAACUAACUGUUACACAGGAUGGGCUGGAUGCGCCCAUGAUGCUCGAGUUCUGAGAAAUUCCACUCUAUAUGAGAAAGCAGAAGCGGGGGGAUACAUUAUUCCAGGCAAAGUCAUAGUAGCGGACAGUGCUUACCCACUUAAGGACUGGCUAGUGACACCAUUUAAGGACAACGGUCAUCUCAACCACAAUCAGCGCAGAUUUAAUCGCAUCCUUUCCUCUGGGCGCCAGAUAGUUGAGAGGGCAAUUGGUCAUCUCAAGGGCAGAUUUAGGAGACUGCAGGAAAUAACUGUCCAUGAGCCCAGAUUGAUUGUGUCACUGAUCACAUGUGGGUGUAUUAUGCACAAUCUGUGUAUUCUCAGCCAUGAGAAUUUAGAUACCUAUAUGAACUAUGAUGAUGAUAAUAAUCAUCCGAACAAUUUUCCAAACAUUUUUCAGAAUGAUGUUGGUGGCGUAGCUAGGAGACAAAUACUUAUGAAUGCCAUGAACUAGGAUUUAUAGCAGAUGCGAUACCCAGAAUAAUGAAUUCUAGUUUUAAGGAAGAAUGCAGGCAAACAUAUUUUAUUCUGGGCAUCUCAAUUUAACAUUGCUUUUUUCAGACAUUGGUUAUAUAUUGAGAAGCACUGGUAGGAUCAUAAGUUUUUUAUUGUAUCUCAUUUUAAAAUUACCCAUGGUCUUUAGCUGUAUUUUUACAAUUUGGGACUGGUCAAAAGCACUAAAUGGGUGCCAAGCACCCACAUUCAAUUAAAAAAUGAAAAUUUGUUUUGAUAUAUCAGAUUCUUGUUAUGACUACUUCUUGAG